UGAAGACCUUUGUCAGUCGGGAGCGAAUAGUUUGCUCCAAACAUCAAAGGGAACCCAUUAAAAUUUGAAAAAAAAACUAUCCACAACGAGUUAGUUAGGCUUGUCGCUACAAUGGGUUUGAAUCGAUUAAGCGUUGCUGUUGCCACGGUUGUUCUUUCGAUAGCAUUGAUGAUAGUUCAACACGUCGAAGGUCACGGCAUGGUUCUGGAUCCGAUAGCUCGCGGAUCCAGAUGGCGCUGCCGAGAUGGACCUUUCCCAAACUACAACGAUAUGGAGCAGUUUUGUGGAGGUUUUCAAGCUCAGUGGGAGGAUAACGAAGGGCGCUGUGGAUUGUGCGGAGAUAACUAUGCUGAUGUAAGCCCUCGGCUUCACGAGCUGGGUGGUUUGUAUGGUGAUGGGGAAAUCGUUCGUUCAUACCAGGAAGGAUCCAUCAUCGACGUUACGGUUCAAAUAACAGCCAAUCAUAGGGGUUAUUUUUUGUUCGAUCUGUGUAAUUUAAGUGAAGAAGGUUCGGAAACGGAAGAAUGCUUCGAGAAAAAUCAGCUGCUAGAUGCCAAUGGACGCAGAGAAUGGUAUCUGAAUUCAACCGCAAACGUUGACUACCACGUGAAACUUCAACUGCCCGACAAUUUCACGUGUGAACAUUGUAUUCUCCAGUGGACUUACAUUACCGCUAACUCGUGGGGUAUUUGUGAGGACGGUUCCGGCAAGCUGGGAUGCGGAGCUCAAGAAAAUUUCCGCACCUGUUCUGACAUCACCAUCAGUAGCAACGCUACCAGUCAGCCCCUCCAGUAUUGCACCAGAAAACCACAAGGCUUCGAAUGGGCCAAGAGUGGCUUGAAUGCGGUUGAAGUACCGCCACCGGAAGAUUUCGAUUAGACCGUAAACAUUGCAAACAUCAGCGCGUGUGAUUGAUUAUUAGAAUGAAUACUAUAGUACUUACAAGAUAAGUUUGAGUACUUUAGAUAAGAACUACGGUAUAGUGUUCUU